CAAAAACUGAGCUCUCGCGUCUUCUUUUCCCCGUUGGGUUGGGCGACGGUUAAAUUCGCCGACGUCGCCUUCGCGGCGAGCUGCCGGCUUCGCUGCGCCGCAGCAGCAGCGUCCACCUGCUGGGCUACUGCUGCUCGAUCCGUCGCCUAGCUGUCUUGUCGAGAGCUCACGUUAAUUAGGAGGAGACGGCUAAGGAUGCCGGCCGCGGGGAGGCGGUCGCCGUGCGCGACGGGCGAGAGGCGGCCGCACUUCUUCAAGGUGCUCAUGGGCGACUUCAAGAAGCGCCUGAAGAUCCCGCCGGACUUCUGCAAGCACAUCCCCUGGGAGGCGUCGAGGAAGAAGGCCAGGGCCGUGAAGGAGGCGUCCAUGGCGGCGACCCUGGAAGGCCCCAGCGGGCGGACGUGGCUGGUGGUCAUCCGCCGCACCGCCGAGGGCACCUUCUUCACCUCGGGCUGGCCCAAGUUCGUGCAGGACCAGGCGCUGCGGGAGCUCGAGUUCCUCGUCUUCCGGUACGACGGCGACACGCGCUUCACCGCCAUGGUGUUCGACACGUCGGCCUGCGAGCGGGAGGACCUGCUACUCGGCAGCGGCGACCCGCGAAGCGGCAGGCAGGGCUCGAAGCGGGGCCGCGCGACGACGGGCGCCAAGCCCAAGCGCGCGCGCAAGGAUUCCGUCGGGAAGGAGCUGGUGCCAUACCGCGCGACGACGGCGACGGCGGGGGAUCGGCAGCUGCAGGCUGCAUGCUCCAACUGGACGCCGGAGUCGGCUGGUGGCGCGGUCAAGACGGAGAUCGAGGACGCCGACGAGCUGGCGCUGUGCGUGGUGAUCCCCGCGCCACCGCCACCGCCACCGCAGGACGACCCCGCGCCGACGAAGCGCCGCCGCUGGGGGCCCCAGCCCCAGGAUCCCGGCGCGGAGACGCGGCGCGUGGUGAAGACGCGGAGCAUCCACGAGGACCUGCAGGCGGCGGCGGCGGUCCCGGACGACGCCGACAUCCCGGCGUGCGUCCGACGCUACAGGGGGUACGUGUCCCGUCGGCGCCCCGUGACGGGCGCCGAGCGGCAGCUCGCCAUGGAGCUCGCGUACGCGUUCCGGUCGCCGCUGCCGUACUGCGUCAUCCGCAUGAGCACCAUGCACGUCUACUACUCCUUCAUGAUGAGGUUCCCGACGGGGUUCUCGCGGCAGCACCUGCCGCGGGAGCGCACGGACGUGGUGCUCCGGGGCCCGGGGGGCAAGGCGUGGGUGGUGCUCUACAUCCCCAACACGAGGGACCGGCUGUCGCGCGGGUGGUGCGCCUUCGCGCGGGGGAACUGCCUCGAGGAAGGGGACUACUGCGUCUUCGAGCUCGUCGGCGCCGCCGAGUUCCGCGUCCACGUCUUCCGCGUCGUCGACCCGCCCGUGCCGGCGGUCAGGCUCCGGAGCGCCGCUUCGGAUCCGAUCUGAUCUGACGAGCGCAUCGCACGCACGUUUAUUAGUUUUGCAGCUGACGUGGGACGUGCGCGUCAGAUCGUGAUGGCUCAUCGACAUCGACAUAGCAACGGAAGGUCCAUGUGCAAUUCAAAGAGGACAUCAUCGGUCGCUGCCUCGUUUUUCUGCUGCUAGUUUCGUGUUGCUAGUCUCGAAUCUGCUUCUCAAUGCAGAUGUCAACAGUUCAACACUGCAACUUCCUCCUGCAUUUCGCAUAA